CGGCGGCGCCGCACCGAGAGGCCGCCGCUCCGCUGCCGGCGCCCUCCUCCUGCCUCCACGCAGGGCCCGGCUCCGGCCGCCGGCGGGGAGCGCGGGGGGCGCCGUUCCGCCGGCCUCACCCCGCUCCCGGCCUCUUCACAGUGCCCACAUCCCGCUGGGCCGGGACCGGGCAGCGGCGGUGCCGCUGCGAGUGGAGAGCCUCAACAGGCGCUGAUUGGGGCACCUAUGGCGGCUGGCGGGGGUCCUGAGGGGCGAGGGGGGCGGGCGUUGCCAUGGCAACGGCUGUAAACAGCGCGGGGCCGGCCCCGCGGCCCGGCUCUGAGGCGAUUUUGGGGCCCAGAGCCCCGCUCCCGGCUCAGGGGCGGCGUUUCCCCGAUUGUCCCCAACCGCACCGCAUCCAGGGACCGAUUUGCUGCUUGUUUUAGGUUCACAGCAGCCAGAUUCUGUCUCCAGCUGUGUAUUCAGUUAAUUCUGUGUUUUUUUUUUAAGAUAUUCCAUGUUCUUCCCGGCUGUUGCCCAGGGUCCCUCUCGGAUCUCCCCGUGAGACCACAAAUUGCCAAAUGCACCCCAACAGCCUGAAAUCCGUCCUGCCAAAGAAACACAAGGCCCCGUCUUUUCAGCUUUCUGCUAGAGGCCGUUGGUCCACAUGGCCUGCAUUUGCAUCAGGGCAGACUGUCCUAAAGAACCAUAAACCCUGCUGUGCCCCAGAGGAGAGGAUGCCUAGCAAUAAACAGGCCCUUCUUACCAUUCCAAAGCCACGCUACUUGGAGCAGCUGGAGUCUUACUUAAGGAAAGAACUGCAAUAUCUUGACCUGACUCAAAGGAACGCCCAGGAACUGAGGUUACAGCCCUACAGAGAGAUCUUUGAAUUCUUCAUAGACAACUUCAAGACCUACAAGCCCUUGCUGUCAGCUAUAAAGAAUGAAUAUGAAGCUACACUGGCUCAUCAGAAGGAGACAAUUCGUGCCCUAGAACCCCUGAAGGCUAUGGUCACAACUGUGUCUGAGGAGUGCUCCCAGCAGAUAUUGGCACUGCAGGAAAAGGAGAAAGUUGAAAUAAAUAUGUUAAAGCAAGAGAAACAACAUUUGUUAAAAUUUAUUGACGACAUGAAGGAAGAGAAGAGUUCUCUUCAGACUCAGGUGGAGCGUCUGCAGACGAGCGUAGCUGAGGAAUAUACUCGCUACCUCAAUGAGCACGGUGCCCGCAAACUGCUUCUAGCAAAACUGAAUGAUAUGCAUAACGAACAGCUGAACGUGAAACAGCGCCAAGUCCAAGAUGUCAAGGGUGAAGAUGUGGUGAAGUUAACUUUGGCAUUAAAGAUAGCUCGGCAGGACCUCACAAAAACCCAGGUGAAGCUGAAUGCAAUGAUAGCAGACUAUGGAGAUGUUGUCCCCCGGAGAGAGUUUGAGUCACUGGAGAAAAAAUACUCUGAUUUACAACAGGAGAUGGAGACUCUGAAGAAGGAUUUUGAUCAGCUCCAUAAGGAAUAUCAAACACUGCUGGAAAUUCAGAGAGAGACUGCAGAAGAGCGAGACAACUUCUUCACUGAACUCCAGCAAGCUCAGCGCAGUUGCACACCUCGGCCAAACUGGGCAAAGUGUUCAGAAGUGAUUCCUGGCGGAGCUGACCGGUGGGGCUGUCUGGCUGAGGGGAAAACCAGCGAUCAGCUAGUGGAUGUACUUCUGGAAGAAAUAGGAACAAGACUACUAAAAGAGAUGAAUGUCUUCCCUGGACGGGGCAAAGGGGACAAGGUUCCUGUAUACCUCAGACAUGUAGGCGAAGUCAAGAACAAAAAGCUGACUAAGAAGGAUGUGGUGGACAUCCUGAAAGACAUCUGGAAAGAGAAAAUUGCACUAGAACAGCAGACAGGGAAGCGACCUGUUCUUCCCGAGUUCUUUCUCAGCUACCUCCAGAAGAGGUAUGGAGACACCUCUGCCAUGGAAUGGUCUUACACCCUGUAUGAGAACAUGCGACUCUGUCCAUCAAACCACGUCAUGAGCUCAUUCUACAACAUACUCACAGGGAAGGUAGGUGAAGAACAGUACCACAUCCAGAAUCAGCUGAUUUCAAACCUGCAAAAGGAGCUGGCUGCCUGCGACAGCUCAAACAGCGGAUCCCUGACCAGCGAGCAGUUCAGGAUGGCUCUGAGGGAAGCUUUUCCCCUGAAAAGACGAGGUUCAAUCCAAGAACUCAUUGAUGCAAGCAGAUACCAGCUAGACAGCACUGAAGAUCUCAUUGACUACAAAUCCUUAUUCAAAGAAGAUGAAGAGGGGAACCCUGAACCUUUUGUUGCAAAGAUCAGGAGUCAGUACGUCCGUGAGAAGCAGGAGUAUCUGAGAGAGCUGAGGAACAACCUAGGAGACUUAAAAGAGGUGAAUGCAGAAGACCUGAAGGCAGCCUUCUGCACGAUUGAUCCUGAUAUUGACGGUCAGACACUAGAUACCUACAUUGGCCUGGUCUAUGAAGUUGGAAGAGAACAGACAGACCAAGAAGUUGUGCCUGUGGACACUGCACUGGAAAGACUACUUGCUGGAGAUGUGAGACGCGUGGGGCCCGCAGCCAGGGAAGAAAGCAAGACAGACUGUGUAGGAGAGUACGGAGACUUCCAGUACUAAGAAUAAAUAGCCUGUUUGAUCUUCAGUUUUUGAUACAAAGCUGAGCGUCAAAGUUACUGCAUUAAAUACCUCUUCCAUGUA